UUUUCUGGGAAAGUUAUCACUAGGACGCCAUUUUCCUCUACCGACAGGGUUGGGAGAUUUGUAAGAAUUGGAGUUUUUAAACAGCUGCAACGUUUUCAAGGCCGUCAAAUCUUGAGUGGGCAUCUUGCCUCUUCAGACCAUGGCGAGUCCAGGGAAAGAUAGCUACAGGAUGAAGAGCUACAAGAACAAAGCCCUGAAUCCUCAAGAGAUGCGUCGAAGGAGAGAGGAAGAAGGAAUCCAACUGCGCAAACAGAAACGAGAGGAGCAGCUGUUUAAGAGGAGAAACGUAUGUACACCGGCAGGUGAUGAAUCAAUGUUGGAAUGUCCAAUCCAGGAUCCAGACAUCAGCUCAACAGUACCUGUUGCCAGUGAUGGAUUCAUAACACCUGAUAUGAUUCAGAUGAUCUUCUCUGAAGAGCCAAAUCAUCAGCUGAUUGCUACACAAAAAUUCAGAAAACUACUUUCCAAAGAGCCCAACCCACCCAUAGAUGAGGUUAUUGCUACUCCUGGAGUUGUGAAUCAGUUUGUUGAGUUCCUGAAGAGGAGUGAAAACUGCACAUUGCAGUUUGAGGCAGCCUGGGCUUUAACCAAUAUUGCCUCAGGCACCUUCCAGCACACCAAGGUUGUGAUUGAAACAGGAGCUGUGCCUAUUUUCAUCGAGCUGCUGAAUUCCGAGUACGAAGAUGUACAAGAACAGGCUGUGUGGGCGCUGGGCAACAUUGCUGGAGAUAAUGCAGAGUGCAGGAACUACGUACUCAACUGUGGCAUCCUGCCUUCACUACAGCAGCUACUUGCAAAAUCCAAUCGGCUCACAACAACUCGAAAUGCAGUUUGGGCUCUGUCCAACUUGUGCCGUGGGAAAAACCCGCCACCAGAUUUUUCCAAGGUGUCGCCGUGCCUUAGUGUGCUGUCCAGACUUCUUUUUAGCAGUGAUCCAGACGUCCUCGCUGAUGCUUGCUGGGCCCUGUCCUACUUGUCUGACGGUCCCAAUGAGAAGAUCCAGACAGUCAUUGACUCUGGGGUCUGCCGCAGGCUGGUAGAGCUGCUCAUGCACAGCGACUACAAGGUCGUUUCUCCUGCUUUACGGGCAGUGGGCAACAUUGUUACAGGAGAUGACAUUCAAACGCAGGUGAUCUUGAACUGUGCAGCGCUGCCUUGUUUACUACAUUUGCUCAGCAGUCCCAAGGAAUCUAUCAAAAAGGAGGCCUGCUGGACUGUGUCGAAUAUCACGGCUGGAAACAGAGCUCAGAUUCAAAGUGUGAUUGAUGCCAACAUCUUCCCGAUACUGAUUGAGAUUCUUCAGAAGGCAGAGUUCCGCACAAGGAAGGAGGCAGCGUGGGCUAUAACCAAUGCCACCUCGGGCGGCACUCCUGCACAGAUCAGGUACCUGGUUUCUCUGAGUACUAUCAAGCCCAUGUGUGACCUUCUCACCGUGAUGGACUCUAAGAUCGUGCAGGUCUCUCUGAAUGGUCUGGAGAACAUCCUCCGACUGGGAGAACAGGAGGCCAAAAAGAAUGGAACAGGCAUCAAUCCUUACUGUGCGCUUAUCGAGGAGGCUUACGGCUUGGACAAGAUUGAAUUCCUGCAGAGUCAUGAGAACCAGGAGAUCUACCAGAAGGCCUUUGACCUGAUCGAGCACUACUUCGGUGUGGAUGAGGAAGACGCCAGCUUGGCACCACAGGUGGACCAGGGUCAGGGCCAGUUCAUCUUUCAACAGCAGGAAGGACCCAUGGAGGGUUUCCAGCUCUAACAUUCCCCCCCUUUGCCGCUUCAUCAUUUUCUUGAUGUCAAGGAUCUCGCUAUCUGACAAACUGGGUCCUGAUCUAGUCUCUCCAGGGGUGGCUCCACCAGCCCCCCCCCCCCGCCCCCCAAGACCAUCCACAUCCUCCAGGCCUUCAAAAAACAAACAUCUCUGAAAUGACGUCGAGAUGUGUGAAUACUGAGGUAAAUAUGAGAGCAUUAGGCCCAUCGAUGCUUCCCCGACACAGGCGAGCUUGUAAGGGGUGGUCGUACCUGCACUAAGGGGGGGGGGAAAGCAUCCUGUUUUGAUAUAGUAUAUCUUUUGGUUUCCUUUGAUCGGUCAUGAUUGGAAACCAGUCUAACAAUUCACAUUCAUCUCCGUAUUGAAAUGUGAAUUUACAGACCUCUUUAGUCCUCAGAUGGGGUGGUAAAAUCCUUCAAUCAUCAGGGAGGAUUUUACUCUGUUCUGGUCAAAUUUUGAAGGGGUGCCUGUCUGAAGACUAAACGGGUACUGGAUGUAAAUACAGUGCAACUAUUAAGUCCUCAGAGCCCCCCUUCCUCUUGAUAGACAACUGGGUGGGUUCUGUUCUUAUUUAUUUACUGUACAUUGCGUGAGGGCUGAGUAGAUCCCAUUCAAGGAUUGUAGCCUAAACUAGCGAUGUAAUUGUGAAAUGAUUAAGGAGGAUUGAUUUGGAGGGCCUUGUGUAUCCUACAUACGUGUUAGAGUGUUUAAAUGGCAGUGGGAUGUCAGUGUAUGAAGGUGUAGUGUUUACAGUCAUGACUGCUUUUCCUUGAUACCUCAAUAAUUAGGAAGAGGUUCAUCUACUCUGAACUUGUAUGCUUUUUUUCUUUUUUUUUUUGCUUUGUAUUGGGACAUGGGUGGUUGAAGUUGUGUAACAGAAGCACAGUGUUAGGGUUUUUUUUUCUAUGUGAUCCCUCAACCAUACAUUUACCAUAUUUCUUGCACAUAAAUGCACAAUUGAUUACUGCAAUGUUAAUUGGUGGACAACAAGAAAUGAUCUAUAUUUACAUGGAAAUAUUUGUAAUGCAGAAGUUAUUUCAUCUAGCACAUUCAACAGUGUAUAGUUUUCUAAUAUUUCUGGUUUGUAUGAUCUUAUAUCAUUUUUUUAGGUUUUAUCAGUACAUUUCAUAUUUGAGAAUUCUGUUGCGGUGUUGUGGCUCUCAGUAGAAAUCCAGAUAGACCUGCAGUAGUCUAUGUACAGGUGAGACAUAUCCUACAGCCAAACUUUGAGACUUUGAUUUCGGACAAGUCUGGAAGUGAAGCUGUAUUAUGUUGCUGGCAAUGCCUGUGUCUGGAAUACACACCUGAUAUUGUCUGGCAAAAACUAAUAAAUGGACCCGUUGGAUA